AUGCUUCGCAGACAUAAUAUCAACUCCAAGUCGGACCUUCAUCGCCGCAAAUCAAUAGCCUCGGUUCGCGGCGUCCAUCUCGAGCACAUUGACUCUGUAGUAGCUCAGAGGGACGCACAGACUGCGGCAAUGGAGGCUUUCUCCAGAGCCCUCACCCGCCAGUCUGCUGAAAGGGCCCUGUUCCCUCCCCAGCCGACGGGAAGCAACAAGGAGAAUACGAGCCCCGCUGGACUGUCGCGGUGUGGCAGCACAGCAAGUCUUCGCAACGCACACGGCAGAACGGGUCUUGAGCGGAGACAGAGCGUUCGCUUCAUUGGCCCCGAGACUCGUCUCCAGACACGCCCGUCUCAUGCCAGCAUGCGCGCAGCUGCCCCUGGCCCACCGGAGAUACCGGCUCGUCGCCCUAUUCACCGAUCCCAGAGCACUCAAAGCAUCAGCUACGUACAGCGUCCAGUACUUCGCGAUGCCGGAAACAUGCCACUGCCCGAUCGCACCUCGUCCGUUGGCAAGACAUUAAUGACACCGGAGGCUGUAAAACUCGGGCUGAGCCAGGCUUGUCUUCAGGCGUUGACUCCAGACUAUGAGAAGUACACACCGGAGGAUGACAUUGCAUCCAUGCCUUCGUCCUACCGGCGCAUCCGCAAGACGCGUUCCACUCACACGAUGAGAGCUACCAUGAGAGGGAGUGUCGAUGGGAGAUCCGGGAAAACCCAGGGAGUAUCACCCCAAAACACGAAGUCGACGGCACAACACAAGCAGAUUGUGUCUGGAACACUGUUCCCUCGGCCCCAAUUCCUGAGAAGGAGGGACAACAUUUCCAUACCAGCAACACCAAAUUUGAGAGCAGCUAAGUCGAUGAGUUUUUUGAAGCCCCGGCGAAGUCGCUCAGAGAAGAGAUCAAGCAUCAAUAAACCCAUCGGUGGCUCGUCGUCUCCACCCUUCGACGCACAAGACCCCUCAUCUUCUCACAUGAUAUCCAAGCCCUCAAGGGUGUUUGGAUCCAGAUGUGGAGAAAAUCAACAGUCACUCCCAAAGACAUUGAGAGGUAGUAGUGCAGACACUGAACUACCUUCUGGAGGGGCAAGUGCAAGCUUGGGCCGAAGCCGAUCCGGAAGUUUGAGAAAUAGAGCUCGCAAAGUCUCCACCUCACUCAAAACAAGGCUCAAGAAUCUCUUCAUCAACAAGAGCGAAGAGGGAGCUGGGCUACCAGCACAGCAGAUCGAGGCCCAGAGGACACAUGUGUCCGAGGUAUGUGAUGAGAAUCCUUGGGUGGCUACCCUGCCCGAGCAGGAGCAUUACCGUGAGCGGAGCUCUCUGUCGAAAGUCUCGACUCGAAUCCCUUUCCUACAUGCGGUUCCCUCUCACGAACGACUACAUUCGCGGAGGGGAAGCAUAGAUAGUGGCAGAAGCACGACUGGACAGGACCCGGAUGAAAAGUCGCGGGUGACAAGUUGGGCCAGUACGGACACAGAUACUGUCAUCGCACGCCGCACGGAAGAGGGCACAGAGGAGUGGGAGAAGCAGCGACUCUGGAUGAUCAACGAACAUGGUAUGCGGAAUUUUUCGCCGCCAUCAGGAUGUCCAAUGAUUGGGCUUCAGACCAUCACAUCCCAAGAAGAGCUGGCUGCUCCUCCAGCUCUUCAGGGCCUGCCCCCUGGAGCGACAGUGGACAGUCAGCGCGUCUACUCAGCCCUGAUAAAGAAAAUGAACGAAACCAAGCAACUCGCCGGGAUUGUGGAGCAACAGCGGAAGUCAAGCGACGGAUCAGACCCUUUCCGCACACUAUCACCUUCAAGCAGCGAUCGUAGCAGCGACAACGGUGACACCGUCGCCUCAACCGAAGCAUAUGUCCCACGAAGAAUAGUCCCCACCUCGGGAAGAGAAGCAGAGGACCAUCCUAGGUGCGAAGGGGCCGAUUCGGAAGGGUCGGCUUCGACGAAUCACAGAAUCACGCAAAGGAUCUCGGAUGAUCGCUGGAGCCUGUCUCCUCCAAUCCACCUCACCCCGCAAGGGCAACGGUCCGAAGUUGCAAGCACCAUCAUUGACCGAGGCUCUGCUUUUUUCGGAAGCCCAACAUCUCAUUUGUUUCGUACAACCAGCCCCUACAGACGAUCGCUUCAGCAAGCCAUGCGUGCCGAGAGGGAACAAGGUCGCUGUCAAGACACCGCCGAGGGGGAUGUUGAGACGACUGCACUGGGGAAGAAACUUGAUGCGACCGCCAAGGUAGCUUACUCCGAGAGCAAUUACUCGUCGGAUACCCUCAUCCACAAGACGAAUGUGAGUCAAGGGGGUCAUGGUUCGCAGCAUCCCAACAUGUCGGACUCACGGGAAGAAGCAACUGUCUUACAGAGUACACCAACGUAUCGGCCCACAGGAGAGCGCCAGGUUUCCACAGCAAGCUCAUUGGGAUGGAAGACAUGGCUUUCUGCGGACAUUGCCAAGCUGGAGUCUUCUCCCACCAGGGUAAGCGGACAAUCACCAGAGGUCGAGUACAGGAUCCCGACCAUGCCGAGAUCUCUUGGGCAUGGGCAUGUUCGAGAAGCUGCUCAGACGGACACUAAUGAAGAGGAUGAACAAAAUUCAAAACCUAUUGUCCGUAUUCCAACCAGCUCGACAACACCUCUGAGUGCCAUUGAUUCGAAUGUGGUCAAGCUUAGCCCUCAGCAGCGCUCAGUCAUGCGUGCAUCCACGCCGCCUGCAGCUGACCUACGCAAAAGCCAGUUUCAUCUUGCCGUGGGGCACAGUAUUCCGGCGUCGUCAUCUCGUGAUGGCGAAGUUUCAAAUGUCUUUGGCGAAGCCGCGUCAAGGCCGCCAGAAUCACCCGCGGAGGAGACGAGACCAAGCUGGAACAAGCCGGCCGCCGAGCCGCGAACACCUCUUCGGGGACAAGCUGUCAGACAAAGCCAAUCUCUUGCUGGCCUCAAGAGUAACAGCAGAAUCGGGGAACCGCAGACGGGAUCGCCGCAGCCGCCAGCCUCUUCCACGAUUCGGCUGAUGCGGAAGCCAGAAAGUAAGCUGGCGCCAGAUGCCAUGUCGGCGGCAUCCACUCCAGGGUUCACUGGUGUAUUUGAGCGCCAAUUUGGGUCCCUUGGCCACCACCAACUGGACGGCCAGCUUAUGGAGAAAGAGAACCAAGUGCCUCAUCACGAUGAUGGGCACAAGCAUUCCCCGCACACGAAAGGCCAUUUCAGGGGUAGCAAGGCGAUGGUGGAUCUCUUCCUCAGCAGCCGCAGGAGACAGGGAAUUAGUGAUGGCGAUGGAGCCGCAUUUAUUUGA